UUACACUACUGCAAUUCUCCUACAACCAUGGAUGAGGCAUUGCUUCUCUUCUCCGUCGUCGUCGUCAUCGUAGCAGUCCUUGCGAGCCUCUCUUCUCCUUCAGAGGCGCGUGCUUUCUUCGUCUUCGGCGAUUCUCUGGUCGACAAUGGUAACAACAACUUCUUGGCGACCACUGCCCGGGCUGACUCCCCUCCUUACGGGAUCGAUACACCCAGUCAACAACCCACAGGGAGGUUCUCUAAUGGACUUAACAUACCUGAUAUCCUCAGCGAACACCUAGGAGCUGAACCCACACUACCUUACCUCAGUCCCGAUCUCCAAGGGGAGAGACUGCUUGUUGGUGCCAACUUUGCAUCGGCAGGGAUCGGAAUUCUGAAUGACACAGGCAUCCAGUUUAUAAACAUCAUCAGAAUCAAUAGGCAGCUGCAACAUUUCGAGGAGUAUCAGGAGAGGCUUAGAGCCAUGAUAGGUCAAUCUCAGGCGCAAAAGCUUGUGAACCAAGCAUUAUUUCUGAUCACCCUUGGAGGCAAUGACUUUGUCAACAACUACUACUUGAUCCCUUUCUCUGUACGAUCUCGCCAGUUUUCGCUGCCUGACUACGUAGACUAUAUACUGUUCGAGUACAAGAAAAUUCUCACGCGGCUACACGAGAUGGGGGGUCGUCGGGCUCUCGUCACCGGCACCGGGCCGCUGGGCUGCGUCCCAGCUGAGCUCGCCCUACGAAGCCUCGACGGCGAGUGCGAUCCCGAGCUACAAAGAGCCGCAAGCCUGUUCAAUUCGCAGCUCUUCCAGGUCCUGCAGGAGCUCAACACCCAGUUCGGUGCAGACGUCUUCAUUUCAGCAAACGCCUUCAGGAUGCAUAUGAACUACGUGACGAACCCAGAGGCCUUCGGUUUUACGACGUCAAGGAUUGCAUGUUGUGGGCAAGGACCCUACAACGGACUCGGCCUCUGUACGGUGGCGUCCAACCUUUGUGAAGACCGUAGCAAAUACGCCUUCUGGGACGCCUUUCAUCCUUCGGAGAAAGCCUGCCGGAUCGUCGUGAGCCAUUUCAUGGACGGCUCUUCCGAGUACAUGAACCCCAUGAACUUGAGCACCAUCUUAGCCAUGGAUGCCAUGAUUUAAGCUUUACUUGGAGAGAAUUGUCAUCUUGAGUUGGAAAAGGAUGUAUGCCGCAUGCCUCCCUGAUCCCCUCCUUAUAUGUCUCAUGUAUCGGUUAACUAAAUGCUUGAUACAUCAAGCUAUAGAUUUCUAACAUAUUAAAGAUGUU